AUGGAAGGCUUCCAACCCGACAACGGUUUUCACCAGGGAGGAUUUCAGCAAGGAGGCUUCCAACAGAGUGGAUUCCAACAAGGAGGCUUUGAACAAGGGGGAUUCCAGCCUACUUCUGGCAAGCAGGGCUUCUCGUCGACUUCCGAUGACGUCCGUGUCCAAGGUUCCGAUAUUGCAGCUCUGCGCAAGGCAAUCGAUGAAGCAAAGGCAAGAAUUGCAGAGGCUGAUGAGUUGAUUAAGAAAAUUGAGUUCCUGCCAGUUGCUACGAACGAUCCCGGCUUAUCCAACAACGGUUUCUAG